UUGGUGUCAGUAUAUGAGCAGAAAAUAUUUUCUUGACAAUUCUUUUCUCAGAGACAAGAGUCCUCCCCUCUCUGGCAUGAUCUUUUAUGUUUCAGUGGUGGAGGCGCUCUGCUCGCGCGGCGAAUAUUCAGCAUCUGUGCUUUUUAUUAAACCGGAAACUAUAUUAUUUUAGUCGAUCUGCGUUUCUUUUCUUGAAGACAACAAUAUUCUGAUUCAUCUGGAUGCAUUUGUAUAAUCUGAAUAUGGAGCAAAAUCGACCUAAAACAUCAGGAAGGAAAUGUCGGCCGACUGCUUUCAUUGUUUGGAUUUUGGUUUGGAGCAGAGCUUCAGCGCAACUAAGAUACUCCAUCGCGGAGGAAGUCGAAGAAGAAACGGUUGUUGGGAAUAUAGCGAAGGAUUUGGGAUUAGAUAAGAGCACAUUGAAAGAGAGAGGAUGCCGCAUUGCCGAGGGUUCAACAGAGUCGUUUUUUCACGUGAACCAGGAAGACGGAAUACUGUAUGUUGAUGGAAUAAUUGACAGAGAGAAGGUUUGUGAGCGAGGCAAUGUUUGUUUAAUCAACUUAAAAACGGUGCUGGAAAAUCCUCUUGAAAUUCAUUAUGUGACCGUUGAGGUGCUGGAUGUAAACGACCACUCUCCCACCUUCGCAACGAAAGAGUCACGUCUCGAAAUUUCCGAGUCGGUUUUACCAGGUUUGCGUCUCCAGCUGCAAGCGGCACAGGACCCGGAUGUUGGUCCGUUUUCGGUACAGGAGUAUAAACUAAAUCAUAAUGAUCAUUUCCGUUUGGAAGUCAAAGAUCGUGGAAAAGAUGGAAAGAUACCCGUAUUAGUGUUACUCAAGACGCUAGAUAGAGAAACAAAGAAGAGUCAUACAUUACUUCUUACAGCUCUUGAUGGAGGGAAACCACGUAAAUCUGGAACAGCAGAAAUCACGGUAGACGUGUUGGACGUUAAUGAUAAUUUUCCAGUUUUCAACCAAGACACGUAUUCGGCGCUUUUGGAAGAAAAUGCUCCUAUUGGUACAACUAUUAUACAAGUAAAUGCUUCUGAUUUAGAUGAAGGAUCCAAUGGACAGAUUGUGUAUUCAUUAGGAAAGAAUGUGAACAGCAGAAUAAGUGGCAUUUUUCGUGUAGAUGCAAAUACAGGUGAAAUUAUUGUUCACGAUCUGAUAGAUUUUGAAUUAGAGGAAAGUUUUAUAAUUGACAUACAGGCUUCUGACAAAGGGGCAGCUCCUUUGAGGACCGACAAAAGUGUAGUUGUGAACAUUUUUGAUUUGAAUGAUAAUAUCCCUCAUAUAGAGAUCACAUCAUUUUCAAGGGAAAUACCAGAGGAUGCAAGGUUAGGUACCACUGUGGCAUUAAUCAGUGUCCUCGAUAAAGACUCUGGUCUUAACGGAAAAGUGAUUUGCUCCUUUAACGAGGACGUACCAUUCAUAUUAUCCCCUUCAACACAAGACAACAUGUAUUCUAUUGUCACAAAAUCAACCCUGGAUAGAGAAAAGAAGUCCAUAUAUGACAUCACAAUUGUUGCAAAAGAUGCAGGUAUACCAUCACUGUCUUCUAAAAAAAGCAUGAAUAUUGUUGUAUCAGAUGUAAAUGAUAAUAGCCCAGAAUUUUCAGGAAGACCAUACAUAUAUUAUAUUACCGAGAACAAUUUUCCAGGAGCUUCAGUGUUUUCUGUGCAGGCAUCAGACGAAGACGAUGGAGAAAAUUCCCGUAUUUUAUAUCAUAUUAUCAGAGAUAGUAAAGAUAAAGACAAAUUCCAAUCAAUAAGUCUCAACAUAAACUCUGAAAAUGGACACAUUUCUGCCCUAAAAAGCUUUGACUUUGAAACCUUGAAAACGUUCCAGUUCCAAGUUGUCGCCACAGAUUCUGGGACUCCGUCACUGAGCAGCAACGUCACGGUGCACGUGUUCAUUCUGGAUCAGAACGACAACGCUCCAGUCAUCCUGUAUCCUCUCAGCUCUAACGGUUCUGCUGAAGGUGUGGAGGAGAUUCCCCGCAAUGUGAACGCAGGACACUUGGUGACUAAAGUCAGGGCCUAUGACGCUGAUAUAGGAUAUAACGGCUGGUUACUGUUUUCACUGCAGGAGGUUACUGACCACAGUCUCUUUGGGUUGGACCGCUAUACAGGACAGAUCAGGACACUGCGCUCAUUCACAGAGACGGACGAGGCUGAGCAUAAACUGGUCAUACUGGUCAAAGACAACGGGAACGUUUCACUCUCAGCAACAGCUACUGUGAUUGUCAAAGUUGUGGAGCCCAAAGAGGCUUUUGCUGCUUCUGAUGUUAAAGGCGCAACAAAUGACGAGGAGGAGAAUAAGGUGACUUUUUACCUGAUGAUAACGUUGGGCUCAGUUUCAACGCUUUUUCUCAUCAGUAUCAUCGUGCUGAUUGCAAUGCAGUGCUCUAAAUCCACAGAGUAUACUUCUAAAUAUCUACAAGAGACUAAUUAUGACGGGACACUGUGUCACAGCAUCCAGUACAGAUCUGGAGAGAAACGCUACAUGUUAGUUGGACCCAGAAUGAGUGUAGGAUCUACUAUAGUCCCGGGCAGCCACGCAAACACACUGAUGCUCCCUGACAGGAGGACACCUGGAGAGGUAAGCUUGUUCAAUUUUAAGUUCAUUUUUCUCACUAGACUGAUAACAAAACUUGCUUAUUGUUUUAAAUAA